CUACAACAGGGAGACAUUGAUUGCGUAACUGAUCAGGAUGUCGCUGGGGAAUUCGGAGACCGGGGCCCCUAAAUUCACAUUUAGUCACCUGCCAAACAGGACAUUUAAUUCACUGGAGAACAGAGACACCCGGGAGCUGCUGCUCAAAUGGUCCAUGAACGGUAGACUAUUAGCCCAAGCCUUCCGAUAUGACCAGUAUUUCCAGCCCUAUCAAAAAGAUGAUUUUCUUCUGGCCUUCUUCCAAGAUCCAAAUGUAGUUUCCCAGCUGAAGUUAAUCUCAGACUCCUCAGGACAAUGGAGGACGUUGGACGCAGAAGUGAAGAAAGUUGAAGCCGAAGAAAUUCCUUGCCACCAGCUCUCGAUGGCGUUUUUCGAUCCUCUGUACGCGGAAGGAAUCGUAAGAGAAAGCGGGCAUAUUUCGAAAUGCCUUGAUGAAUUCGUUGAUGACUUUACUAUAUCUGAUGAGCUAAGAAAGGUCCUUGUGCUGGAAGACUUUGAUAAAUAUGACAUUUUUAGCCAAUCAGAUCGAGGAGAGUUCCUUUUCCUGCUUUUUAAGCAUCUGUGCCUCGGAGGAGCGCUGUGUCAGUUUGAAGAUAUGAUUGAACCUUACAUAGAAACAACAAAAUGUAUUUAUAAAGACCUUCUGAGUGUUCAAAAAGAUCCUGAGAGCAAAAAGAUCAAUAUUAUAUCUACUGUCUUCAAAGUGACUGCCUAUGAUGAAAACGGAAUGUGCUAUCCAUCAGUCAGGCGUCACGAGCAGACAUUUGCGUAUUUAAUUGUGGACCCGUUGAAACGCCACAUUAAUGUGUUGUACCAUUGUUUUGGUGCUGGAGCCUUUUGAGGCCAUAACUCACAUCGGGACCCUGAUGUGAGAACUUUUAUGUAAAACUGUGUUUCAGUUUAUCAUCAUAACAAGUGAUUUGCCUUUGCUGAGAUUCACAAAGAAUGAUGUGCCGCACCAAACCGUGUUUUUUUUUUUUUAAAACAUAUUUUUAUAAGUUCUGGUGGCAAGAAGAUUCCCUGCAGGAUUCACGUAGAAACGCAAAAAUCCACUUAUAAAUUAUGGAAAUAUUUGUUUCAAAAAAUAAAAUAGAAAAAGGA